UCACCGCCCAUACUGAUGUGGUCUACCCCCGAACUUGGAGGGUUUGACAUCAAGCCCUACCCUGUUACCAGUAUUCUUGAUUUUAAGAAUAUCUGUAGAAAUAUUACAAUUUACCAGUAUUUAGCCACAAACGGGGUUGGUUCCAGAUUCUCGGUCAAUCUAGUGUGCGGCAACGGCAACAUCGCCUUCCACUUCAACCCCCGUUUCGACGAAGGCCGAGUCGUCGUGUGCAACACUCAGCAAGGCGGCCGCUGGGGAGCUGAGGAGCGGGCCUACAACAUGCCUUUCCAGCCAAAUAUUUAUUUUGAGAUGAUCAUCAACGUCAAGAGCCACUGCUAUCAGGUAUCCGUCAAUGGCAACCACUUCCUGGAGUACAGACACCGCCUUCCUUUCCAUGAGGUCCAGACAUUGCAGAUCAACGGAGAUGUCUCUUUGAACUGCAUCAGCUUUGCUGGCACUAAUCCUCCACCCCCAUACACCCCUCCUGCUUACAAUGUUGUGACAGCCACCACAGUUGGUGGUAUGUUUGCUCAGCCGAACUUUGUGCAGCCAUCUUUUUCUACAAGGAAGAAGAAGACGGCCCAGGGUAACAGUGGAAUAACUUUGUCCAAUCCUGCUGUACCAUUCCACAUUGCCAUCCCGGGGAAUUUCACUCAGUUCCGCAAGAUUACAAUUGUGGGGAAUGUGCCUUUUCACGCAAACAGAUUCCAUGUGAACCUGAAAAACACAAUGAGCGGCAACAUUGCCCUGCACAUCAACCCCCGACUGAAGGAGGGAGCAAUAGUCCGGAACACCUUGAUCCAUGGCAGUUGGGGCUCUGAGGAGAGGCACUUGACUGCCAUGCCUUUCUCCUCUGGCCAGGCCUUCCAUAUGGAGAUCACCAACCUAAAGAAUCACUAUCAGGUGACUGUGAAUGGAAUUGUGAUAUUCAAUUAUACCCAUCGAAUCCCUUCAGGACAGGUGGACCACCUGGAAAUAGCUGGGGAUGUGACCCUCUCCUGUCCUGACCCAACGGAUGCCUACUCGGAAUAUAUAAGCAUCUCCUUUCGUUGCGUUUUUGGAGGGCAGAAAAAGGUGGAGAAUCAUUCGGUCAGUUCCAGCAAGCGCUAUAAGAUGGCUUUCUCCUCACCUAUUUUGAAUCCAGGUGUUCCCUUUCUGCAAUACUUUCACGCGCCCUUGCGUGGGGGGAUGUCAAUUUGCAUCAUAGGCCAGGUCCUGCAUUCCGCAAAAGGGUUCGCGUUCACUGUUAAUCUGUUGGGCGAGAAUGGCGACAUCGUCUUCCACUUCAACCCGCGGAUGAACGAAAACGAGGUGGUCUGCAAUACGAAGCAAAACGGAGGUUGGGGAAAAGAGGAACGCUGGCCCAUUCCUUUUGAGUCAGGAGCCACUUUUAUGAUGAUCAUCGAUGUCAUGAGCGACUGCUACAGGGUAACUGUCAAUAGUAAAGACUUCCUGAAAUACGUCCACCGCAUUCCCUUUUUUAGCGCCCGGGCUCUGGAGAUCAAAGGGGAUGUCAACGUGCAGAGGGUCUCUGAACCGCCGCGAGCGGACUCAGCGGACGGUCAGGCACGGCGGUGGUCCGAGUCUCUGGAGAGCCAGGCAGACCACCGAAACGACUUGGCUCAGCUCCACGUCCGCAGUUUUGAGGAAGAUCGAACCAGCUCCAAGAUGAGUUUUCCCAUUGCUGCUGCUUGGACCAAUAUUGAAGGCCUCAGUGACGGAAAGAGGUUUUUAAUCCAAGGCUUUGUCCGACCAUACACGAAAAGAUUUGCAGUGAAUUUCCUGUGCGCCAAUGGCGACAUCGCCUUCCACUUCAAUCCGCGAUUUGAUACGCUAAAGCCGGUGGUCGUGUGCAACACGCAGAUGAAAAGUAAAAAACAGCUCUGGGAGUUCUGGAAGAGCGAUGAAGUCUUCUGGGAUGAAGAGGAAAUUGCCCCCAGCAUGCCUUUCAAGCAGAACAAUUCUUUUGAGAUGAGCAUCGAUGUUGAGAGUGGCUGCUAUCAGGUGUAUGUCAAUGGAAAUCGCUUUUUAGAGUACAAGCACCGUGUUCCCCUCAAAGAUAUCCAGACCUUGGAGGUCAAAGGUGAUGUCUCAGUGAACCGCUUUGAAUUUUCUGAGAUUAAAGCUCCACCCCCUUACAGCCCACCUGAUUCCGGUGACACCACAUAUAACAAACAGGAGAAGUGUGCCCCAGAAGCAAAGUCAACCAAAUAGUGAAGACCCAAGAUGAGCCUGUGUGAUCCUUUGGAAAAUGGAAGCCCUGGCUGGUUGCGUAAAGGGAUGGGUGCUCUUUUCCUGACCUGAGGAUAGAGUUCAGCUGUUAUGUGUGGAAUGAAGCAAAAUUAAGUAGUGUCAUAAAAACCAGUAGUUAGCAAAAUAUUUGCAUAUUUUCUAUAUACUGUACUUUGUUAUUGUUGGCUGUUGUGAGGGCAAUGGGAGAUUGCAAAACGACAAGGCUUGGGGAAUAAACAUUAUAAACACAAGUAAACUCAAGGCCCUUCAACAGUCACCACCAGUGCUUUGUUAACAGCAGAUCCUGCUAGCCGUCCUCAAUACAUUUCCUGGAAAUCAUUCGUUAGGCAAAUGUUUGCAAACAAAUCCACAGUUUCCAUUGAUGCCUUUCGGAAUCGGUUAUCUCUGUCCCCUCCUGCCAUGGUUUGUUCCUAAAAUGGCUGCAGCCAACCAGCUAAAGGGAAGCAAAGCAAAAAACAGAUUUGUCCAAUCUCUCUCCCCACUCCCUUUCCCCACCGUUUCUGUCCGAAAAUGGCUGCCACUGACCAGCCAAGCACAAGUGAGGAAGUGGGCAAACGCCGGCUCUUUGGAUAUGUGAAUCUGUGGGGUAUAUAGCGAGGUUUGGGCAUGAUUAUUUAUGUUUGGAUAAAUGAACUGGCAGAUAGUGAGCAGGUGGACAGCAGGACCUGCAUGUACUUU